AAACUAUUACUAUUGAUGUUGCAUUUCAAAUAAAUAAACAAAAAUACUUCAUUAAAAUAUGAUUUGUACAAUAUCAUAAAACAAAUUUCAACAAAUAAAAAUUUUUAAAAUAAAAAUUAUAUACCUUAAAUAUAUUUAUUUAUAACAUAUUUAAUAUUUUAAAAAUUAAUUUAAAAAUAUAAAUAUAUCUGCACGGAUGUACGGGUUAAUAUCUAGUAAUCUAUUAAAAUUGAAGUACAAAAUUAAAUGAACUCUAACUUUUCCCUAACAAUUACAAGUUUGUGCCACUGACUUUUAAUAUCAUUAUUUAGUUUUCUUUACCUAAAAUGACGUGUUUCAAUACCAAAUAUACAUCAGUUUAUGUUGGUCUGCAGAAUUAAAUCUGAUUUACACAAAAUCAAUAGACUAUUAUUAUACACCAAUUGUAUAAAGCGUGUGAUAAUCAAGCCCGUGAUAAUCAAACAACUUUUCUCAUCUACGUAUUUUUUUUCAUGUAUACCACUAAAUCAGUUUGGUUGCUGUUUUUGUUACAAUUGUGUUUUUUUUUUCAGUUUUCAUCAAAAUAUGUACGUUACAUUAUUGGUAUUAAGCUGGACCUUCAAAAGAAUUUUCCUGAUCAUACAAAAACAAGACCAAGAGAAAGACGCGUAAAUAUAAGAUUAUACAUCAAAGAUGUUUUGUAUAAAUGCAAAAUAUAUUUAAAAUGCUACAUUUGGUUAGUUAGUCUCAAAAGAUAUUUUUGCUAAACAGAAUCAAAACCAAUAAUUUCGUAUAUUCCUAAAAUUAAUAACAUUCCAAAAAAGUUCAUAUUUAAUUUAAAGAUAUUUCGUAUAUUCCUAUAAUAUUAAUUUUUUAAAAGCAUUUCCUAUUUUAAAGCAAUCAUCAUAACUAAAACGUUAGCAAUCUUACCAACAUAAUUUGCAUGUUCUGUUUACAAGACUUGAAUGUUUAGCUUAUCUAAAAAUGAUAUUAUAUUUGUAAUAAAAAGAAUGUAUAUUAAAUAAUUCAUAACAUUAUUAUUGUUUAUAUUAUAUAUUAUAAUCUGAAUAUGACUGUUUGGAUUUCAAUUGGUUUAAUCAAUACAGUGUUAUAAAAAUACUGAAUACAGCUACAAUACAUUACAACAUACAAACAAUAAGAAUGUUAUGUGUAUCAAAGUCAUUUAAAACAAAUAUGUAGUAUGGUAAAUGUUUUUUAUUAACAUAAUUUUAUCUAUUCUAUUAAAAAGGACAAAAUAAUAUUUGCCUAUAACAUUUUAUUUUACAGAUUUUCAUUCAGUUUUAAUAAAUUCUAACCAUUUCAUUUAUUAUCUUUUAUAAAAAAAUCAACAUCAUUUACUACAAAAGUACAAAACAUAACUUACAAGUGUUUCAUUUUCUUUUCUUUUUUUGUCGGGGAUUUAUUUAGAUAUUACAAUUAUGAGAAAGAUUACAAAGACGAUUUGAUAACCGACAAUACUACCUGCCUUAUGAGGAUCUACGCCUAACUGCAUCAUUUGAGCCGUCCUAUGAAGAUCACGCCUGACCGGAUUUACUUGUACCAUGUUGAGAAACUCUUGUAAGCCUUUCUUCCGUAAUCGCAUAAUUGUUGAAUAAAUCGCUUGCUCCAGGAAUUGAAACCUGGAUUUUCCUGUGCAAUCUACAAGUGUUUCAUUUUCUACUCAAGAAUCUUAUUAACUAGUUUUACUAUAAUAUUUUGACAGAAUUUGUUUACAUACUAUCCAUAAUAAUUCAACAUGUUUGAAUUUAAUUGUUCUAUUUGUGACAAGAAUUUAAAAUGGUAACAAAGAGUUUUUUAUUUAUUUUGUUUACAGAAUCAGUCGGUAUUAACAUUCGGGUAUUCAUUUAGGUACGAGUUGUUUCUUUCGGGUAUCAGGUUUUUUGGAUUUUAAAACUAAGCUCCAUUCAGAUAAAAAUUAUGGAUAGGUUUUGUCGGAUCCUCCUAAAAUAUUAACAACCGCACGGGCGUGCGGAUCAAUCUCUAGUAAUAAGUUUGUCUUAUAAAGUCAAUCCACGUUGGGAUCAAAUCAAGGACCCAUUAUGGUUUUGUCUAUUACCUCGUAUCUCCCUCUCUGGGUAAAGAAUCUAUACUAAGAUUAGUCAUCGCAUUUUACAUCAUUGUUUGGCGUCCCAUCGCAUGUAUUCUUAUACGUACAAAUACUUCUUAUAUUUUGGAGCAUGAUCAUAUACGAGAACGGUCCAAACUCUUGAAGUAUAUAACAACGGUUUAUAAAUAUAACAUAAAAUAUAUGCAGGUGUUUUGGUCUAUUAUUCACGGUGAUACUUUUUCGUUAUAAUCAUCGUAUAAAUGAUGCCAAAAGAUUACGGUUUAUAAUAAAUGGAGAAGAAGAUGUCCAACAUUAUUAGUCAAAAAAAAAAAAAAGAAGAUGUCCAACAUGAAGAAUUUGGGUCAGCCAUUGGUGACUGGUUUAAUUAUUCUUUGACUUGACCAGCCGCCACGAAUUGACUCUACAAAUUUAAACAGGGAUCCUAUUUGUUCAAAUUGUGAAUGUUCUCCUAUGUUCUGUAUAUGAAAUGAUUUAAUAACUUCACUUUGUUUUUCUGGUUCCCUAUUUGCUACUUCUCUUUUGCAUCAAACUUACUUCAGUACUAUCAAUUUAACUCGUUAGACUGCAAUAAAAUUACGAAAUGUGAAUGCAUGUGUUGGAGAAUGGUUCCCUUACCAAAACCCUUUCUAAAGUUUUUUUUAAUGAUUAAUCAGACUAAUUCAAAUCUUAUUUAAGAGCCGGUUCUUAACUUUUUUUAGAUAAAUGUUAGGAGACGGUUUCCUAUAUUUCGCUAAGAACUCUACCCUAAGAACCCUAAGAAUCUCCCAUUAAUCAUACUCUUAGAACAUGAUUAAUGAGAGUUCUUAGAGGUAGAAUUCUUAGUGUAAUUUAAGAAUCGGUUAUUAACUUUAACAAAGGAAUAGGUUAAUCAUGCAUGGUCUUAGGCCCAAACAAAUACUUAAAAAGAAGUGAAACCCAGUGGAUAAAUCUUUUUUCUAGGCUUUCAAAGAAGGUAGAAAUUCUAUUUUCUGUGUGGCCACAAAAUAAAGUAUAAUAAAUUACCAUUAAAUCUGGUUUGUUUAACUUUCCAAAAUCCACCAACCACCACACAACCAUCUUAUGGUUAUAUCUAAGACUAUGUGCAAUGGUUAUAUCUAAAAGCAUGUGCAAUGAGAGCGUUAGAAAUAAUUAUUCAACUGUUGAUUCAAGUGUAGUUAAAACAACAUAAAGUGGAGACCACAAUGUGAUAUGGGUAAGUUUUUACCAGUCAUACAAAACUGAUAAAUGUUAGGGAAAAUUUCAUGUUUACCACUUUCAUGGUACUACUUUUCAUCUUUCUCACCAAGGGAUGCUUCAAGAAGGUUUCAUCGAAUGGAGAGUCUACUUCUUUUUGGUAUGACCAUUGGUGCAAUAUGGGGGCGCUUGAGGAACUUAUUGGGAGCUAGAGCCUAUAUUGAUAUGGGAAUACCAGAAUGUUCAACAGUAACUGAGGCUUUGCAGAAGCACAAAAGGAGGAGGCAUCGUAUUGUGAUUUUGAAUAAAGUUGAAGAGGAAAUUGAAAGGCUGAAGUCUGAGAGUAUUCAAGCUGAGGAUAUUGCUGUAUGGAGAAAUAAAGCAAAGAGUUAACGGCCUACAUUCUCAUCAAAUAAUAUACAUGGUUUAUGAUUCGCAAGGAGUAUAUAUUGCAAGAUUGGAGCAAAUGUGUCUUGUUCAAACAUGCUACACCAAAGUAUUCCUUUCACAUUUGGACAGCAAGGUUGGAUAGAUUGUCGACUUGUGACAGAAUGUUGAAAUGGAAUCCAGCCAUCGAUCCAGUAUGUGUACUGUGCAAGGAGGAAGUGGAGACAAAAAAUCAUAUGUUCUUCUCUUGUGCAUACACAAGUCAAGUAUGGCAAAAACUGAUGAGAGGGUUGCUUUGUGUGAGAUAUACUGAAGUUGGGGAGAUAUUGUUGAGCUAAUGCUUGAUCAUAGUCAGGAUCGGGUGAACUAUUUCUGAUAAGAUAUGCAUUCCAAGCAGCAGCUCACUCAAUCUGGAGAGAGAGGAAUUAAAGAAGGCAUGGGAUAAACAGCUUCCACACACUUUGCUAACUAAAGUCAUUGACAAGAAUGUGAGAAAUAGGUUGUCCACCAUUCGGCGCCAAGGAGAUCAGAAGAUGGAGAAGGGGUUACAAAUGUGGUUUGGCACUCGAUAGAAUGUUUUGCAAAUGUAGUUCACUCUUUAACCUUUAGUCUCAUGUUGCAUUUCAUGUAAAAACGUUCUUUUGGAUGAAUACAAUUUAACAUUUAUUCAAAAAAAGGACAUUUUCAAAAAUAUUUUGUUCAUGAAGUGACAAAAGAUUCUUAUACCCUUAUUUCUCAAUAUAUAAUAAAUUAUUAUUUAAAAAAUAAUAAAAAAAAUAUUUUUUCAUGUUUUCGAAUUCGAACUUUUUUAUAAAAAAAAUUUUGAAUUUCUUUUUCGAAUUUUUUUAAUAUUUUUUCAAAAUUUUCUUUUUGAAAAUCAAAAAUUAUGUUUGAAACUAUUUUUUUUAAAGUGUGUGUUUAUUUCCAAAUAAUUAAAAUUAAAAUUUUUAUUCUAUGUAAAUAUUGAAAUAGCUAAUAUAAUAGCUGGUAAAUUUUGGGUUAUUGACCCCUUUAUAUUUAAAUUUGAUAUGCAUAAUUGGUACACUUUAGUAUAUAAGCCAACUUAUAUCUAAAUUAUAUAUUUAUUGUACGCAUAAAUAAUUUAUGGUUCUGCCACUGAAAUCAACAUGAAAAUCGGAUAUAUCAAACUCUGAAAGUAAUGAACUUUUUUUCUUUCAAAAAGAAUAAAUGUGACCAAUUUUUUUUUAAAAAAAAAUGUGGCAACAAUUCAAAAAAAAUUGUUAUUUGCUGAAAACCGUCCAUUCCUAUAAUUUUUAUUUUUUCUGGUUAUAAAUGAUAGUGGGAAAAUAUAUAUCUAACGAGGAUUUCUGGUGGGAACUAAACCAAUCUAAUUUGUUGUAAUAAGAACAAAAAUACUUAGAUAAGAGAACUUAAAAUCAUGUUAUUUGAAACUUUUUUUAACAUAUAUUAUAAUAUUAAAAAAUAUUUUAAAAUUUUUGUUUAAAUUUCAAUUGGUGAAGAUAGUUUCGGAACCAGAAGAAUGACCAGCUUUUGCAAAUUAUUUGGAAGAUUUACAACUCCUGAAAGCAACUUUCCUCCGAUCAGAGAUUCUCUAUGUUUCAAGAACGUACAAUACCAAGGCGGACAGCCUAGUACGCAGUGCAAGGAAGCAACCGUCUUUCGUCGUUCAUAUGGAUGCAAAUCUUUCAACAUGGUUUACAGAGUCUAUAUGAGUCUGUAUAAGUUGAUGACAAAAAAAAAUACCCUCUGUUUACACAUUAAAUACUCUCUUUCUAAUUAAUACAUUAAAAUAAUAAAUAUUUAUUUAAAAUUUUACAUUGUAAAUAUAAAAAAAAAAUUCUUUAUAAAGCAAAAAUAAAAUCUUAAAACGCUAUUCAGGGAUAUUAGUAGAGAGUAUUACUGCCGUAGCUUAACUUGUAAGUAUUGAAAUAGAAGGGAACAAGUUACCUUGUUAAACUAGAUUAAAUAGCUACCUUUUCGUGAUAAGAAGAGAUAAACAAUUGUCUCAUUGUCCAAAAUUAAGUUGAAUUAACUACAAUAACCAGUAAAAUCUUUUGGAGAAGUGAGAAUGGAACUGAAUGGUAAUAUUCGGUCUUGAUUAGGUGGUUUUAUCAUUGUCAAUAUCGUAGAAAUUGUAGAAAAGAAAAGUAUAAGAAUGUUCAUGUUUCUCUUUUUCUUUUGUUCAUCUCUCCAAGUUAAAAUUUUGGGGGAAAACAUACAAAUCCUACCUUUACAAGCACGAAGUCUAAACUAUUAUACGUUAAAGUCAUGAUGAUAUAUAAGAUUAUUUCUUCGUGGUCUAGAAUAUAAUAUGCAGACAAUAAUGAUGUGCCUAGAAGAAUUUUAAUGUUCGGAAGUUGAUACAAUAUAAUCAUCGUCAGGGUGUCAAAAGUAAGCCCUCUCCUUAGCCUCUGCAGUAAACAAAGGGUAAAAGCGUCAUAUCGGGACCACAUAUACGAAGAUACAAGACGCAUUGAUGCAAAAAGACUAAUUCUAAAUCUCAAGCCGGCAAGACUUUUUAUGAGCCGGGUCAUUGAUUGAUUUGGAACAAUAAGUCAACAAGAAUGACUUGACCGAAUCGGUUUAUUAUUUUAAGAACAAAACUUAGGUUCACUCCCUAGGGUGAACCUUUAAAUUCACCUCACCUCUAAGAACCAAUCAUAAUACCACAUAGAUUAAUGGAUAAAAACAAUUAAAUAAUUUUUUAAAAAUCAAAAUAGUUAAAAAUAAUAAUAAUAACGCCAAUUUUAACGACGUUAAAAACGCCAACUAAACCCUAAAUCCAAACCGUAACCUUAAACCCGAAACUCUAAACACUAAACCUAAACUCUAUACCCUAAAACCCAAACCUAAACCCUAAACCCAAACCCUAUACCCUAAAUCCAAACCGUAACCUUAAACCCUAAACUCUAAACCUUAAACCCAAACUCUAUACCCUUAAACCCAAACCUAAACCCUAAACCCAAAUCCUAUACCCUAAAUAUAAACCCUGUACGUUAAAACCUAAACCCUAAACCCAAAUACUAUACCCUAAAACCCGAACCUAAACUCAAACCCUAUACUCUAAAUCCAAACCCUAUACCUUAAAACCUAAACCCUAAACCCUAAACCCAAACUAUAUACCCGAAAUUCAAACUCUAGAUCCUAAAUUCUAAACCCUAAACCCUAGACCUUAAAUCCUAAACCCAAACCUUAAAUCCUAAAUUUAAACCAUAAACCAUAAAUCCAAACCCUAUAUCCUAAACUCAAAUCCUAGACCCUAAAUCUAAAUUGUAAAUCCUAUACCCAAAUCCAAAACUAAAAUAUUUAGAUUAAUGUUGAUAUUGUUCUUUUAGAAUUUAAGGUUUGGAUUUAGAAUCUACAAUUUAAGUUCAUGAUUUAGGGUAUAGAAUUGGGUUUAGGGUUUAAGGUUAAAUUUAGGGUCUAAUGUUUGGGUUUAGGAUUUAAGAUCUAGGGUUUAUAGUUUAGGGUUUAGAGUUUGGGUUUAGGGUAUAGAGUUUGGAUCUAGGGUUUAGGUUUUAAGGUAUAGGGUUUGGAUUUAGAGUAUAGGGUUCGGGUUUAGGGUAUAGAAUUUGGGUUUUGGGUUUUGGGUUUUGGGUUUAGGGUUUAGGUUUUAGGGUAUAUGGUUUGGAUUUAGGGUAUAGGUUUGGGUUUAGGGUUUAGGUUUGGGUUUUAGGGUAUAGAGUUCGGGUUUAGAUUUAGGAUUUAGGGUUUAGGUUUGGAUUUAGGGUUUAGUUAAGGUUUUUAAUAUCGUAAAGUUGACGUUAUUAUUAUUAUUUUUUAAUUAUUUUAGUUUUUAAAAAAUUAUUUAAUUGUUUUUAUCCAUUAAUCUAUGUGACAUUAUGAUUGGUUCUUAGAGGUGAGGUGAAUUUAAAGGUUCACCCUAGGGGUGAACCUAAGUUUUGUUCUUAUUUUAAUGGAUACACACGAUGCAAAAUCUCUUUAUAUAAUCUCUAGAAGAUUCUAAUGUACGAGUCCUUAAAGCCAAACGAGAAAACAGUAGACCAAAGGCAUGGAGGAGAUGAUGGGAUCGUGGGACAAAAGAAGGGAAGAACAAGAAGAAGAGGAGGAACAAGUGUUAAAGCUCCCAGGGUUUAGGUUUCAUCCGACCGAUGAGGAGCUUGUAGGGUUUUAUCUCUCUCAAAAAGUACUACUCAAGAAAUCCAGCAAGAUUGAUGAGAUCAUCAGUCAAAUCGAUAUCUAUAAAUUCGAUCCAUGGGAUCUUCCUCGCUCGAGGCAUACGGAGAAAGAGAGCUACUUCUUCUGCAAGAGAGGAAGGAAGUACAGAAACAGCAUAAGACCAAACCGAGUGACUGGUUCCGGUUUCUGGAAAGCCACGGGAAUAGACAAACCUAUCUACCUCGAUGGAUCCAGCAAAGCCGUGAUCGGUCUAAAGAAGACACUCGUUUAUUACAUCGGAAGCGCCGGGAAAGGAAGCAAGACAGAUUGGAUGAUGCACGAGUUUCGACUCCCCACGGCCAAUGACACUAUCCCUGGUGGUUCCACUUCCACCCACCGUAGCCCUACUCCGUCUUCCUUGCUACAUGCUGAAGUGUGGACAUUGUGCCGGAUAUUCAAGAGGAAUGCGUCUAGUAGAAAAUACACUCCGGACUCGAAAGAAUUAGCAAGUUGGGAACGCGUGAAGCCACAACAAUCUAAUAAUCGCGAAGCAGCUUAUAUCAGUUUUGGUGACAAUGAGAGUAGUACCAACAAGAUCAACGUCAUGGAAAGCAAAGAGAAUAAUGAGAGGAACGUUUUCCAGCUUCACCAAACGCCUCAUCCACACCAGCCCAUUCCCAUGGAGUACACUAGUAGCACACAAGUGGAUAACACAGUUCCACAUAUCUCAAACGAUAAUAACAUGGACGAUGUAAACUACGAGAACUGGGACGAGCUUCGCUCGGUUGUGGAGUUUGCUUUUGGCCCUUCCUCUUAUUAGUUAGAUGUCCUUUUACUAAUUGAUUACUAUACAUUAUAUAGUACUUGGACCUUGUUGCAAGGGAAAUACUCUUGACAAUUAUAUAUAUACAUGUGUAAUGUACCUGAUAAUAUAUAUCCAUAUACUAUUAUUAUUAUUCUCCAUUUUCCUACAUAUAAUCUGACCUAGUAUUUGCAUGUAUUUUGUUCUUGGUAACAAACCAGUAGUUUUGUUUUUUUGCGUUAAAUUAAGUAACGAGGAAAUGUAGCCGAGCCCAUGUUACAGAAGGCCAUAUCAGAAAGGAUUUUAAAACCCAAAGGCAAAACCUUCUAAAUGAUGCGAGUCCAAAGCAAAAGCGGACUUAAAACUAUUGAGAUAUAGUCAUAUCGGACUUGUUGGUAUGUUUGAGUACCCCAUUUCCUCUUCUUCUUACGACCCAUGUACCCAAACCAAACUUUUUUGCUGUAAACUAGAACAUGGCAUCGCCUCCUUAUACAUAGUGGAAGGUAACAGAGACAUGUGACACUGGACAAAACUAUGCGAAAUACAUGUUACUAAAUUUGAAAGUAUAUCACAUUACCUUGCUAGAAGCACUAAUUUUCCACUCACCUGUAAAAUGUUAAUAUUAUAGUGGUGCACAUUGCACAAUAUAUACGAUUGAUUGGAUCCUACGGAUGAAAUAAAAUGUGUCACAAUCAUCCAACUUAGGCAUCUUGAUUUCGUAGGGACUCAAUCUUUAUGGUCCAUUUUUGUUGUGGAUGGGGUCCAUGUAUUGCUUUCUUGAUUCAUUUAAGUAAUCGUGUUGUGUUGUUGUCUUGGCCUGCUGGACACUAAGGACACCGUUCAUCCAUCACUUCACAUCAUUCAUCUUCCUUACUUGCACCACUAUUAAUCAUCAUCAUUAUCAGGUAACUUUGGCAACAAUAAUAUACUAUAAAACUAGACUCCUAUUGGGAUCUUAAAUCAUCAUAAUCAAGAGUGAUCUACUACUGAUCUUCGUGGUUGUCUUAGUAAACAAAUAGAAGAAUAUUCCAUGUGUUUAGGAUAUCUAUGAUUUCUUGUUAUCGUUUAAUCUAGUGUGCCAUCUUAGACUUUUAAGUCUGUCUUUUACUUUUUGUCUCCCUUUGACAAAGUAGCCGACGCACAUCUUGGUUUUUCUUUCACUUUUUCGUAGCUUUAUCAUAUUCCUUAUCUUGUGAAUUUAUUCUUACUAUCAUUGAAUUGCUUUACUCUUGUUUUGAAAUUUUGCAUGGUUACAAAACAAGGUUACAAUAAUUGUUUGAAUUAUAAGCUCUUUUUUGUAAUAUAUCGAUGUUGAUAUUUAUUGUUUGCUCCCACCAAAGAACUAUACAUGAUAUUAAUAGUUAGAUUUUAAAUUACUAUGAGUGGUUGGUUCCUAAUGUGGACAAUAACCUAACUAUUUCAUCACCUUUUUUCAUCCACACGAAAGUACAGUCUCUACCCGUAAAUGUCCAUGUCUUGUUCCUAUCAAAUAUAUCAAUGUCAUGUCAUAACCAUAUAUUGUUUUUUGUCGCGGAUAGAAACAUAAACUUCUAAUUAUAUUUCUUAUCUAAACCACAUGGUGUUUUGAUAUUUUGUACCAUUUAGUGGGUGAGAGGACGAUAGUUGCAUAGGCACUAAUUUAAUUUUUCCCAUCAUUAAAUUAGAACAAACAAAAAGGGGAUUAGGCCAAGUGGACGAUCGUGGUACAGGCUACUCCUUUUAACUUUAUUAAACCCUUUGAAAUAUUCUCACAUCUUUUCUAACUUCAUCUUCUGUUGUCCAAUCAAAUGCACAGUUAGAUCUAUCACUACAAUGUUUAUGAUUGCUAUUAUUUGAUAGAUCCAAGACCUGGCGAAGAGGAACUAUUAAGAAUUACCUAUCAUGUGGGUGGCUUUAGCAAAUUGGUACGAACGAUAUCAUAUUAUAUAUCAAAAUAAACUCACACACCACAAAAUACGGAACGAUAUAGUUUACAGAUGAGGAUUCUGCACCCAUUUUUAAUAUCUUUAGUCACCUCUCGUAAUAAUGUUUCACUAAACGUUUACUUUUGUUUCACUUUCUAAAGUCUUACAACAUGUAUGCUUCUUUCUGAAUUUGAUUAAUAUCUCUUGGACCUUUAUCUUUGACAACACCCAAUUCGAUUCAUACUUAUGUAAAAAUGUAAACUACACAAUCACAUAUAUGGCAAGUGCAACUAAUUUCAACUGAGAUAAACGAUCAACAUCUUAAUCACAAUAAGCUACUUUCUUAAUUGCGUCAAGAGACUAUGGACGACUUUGGUAGAAACAGAAAGUUGGGUUCCACUUUGGUAUGGAAGGUAGAAUAUUUGCUCAAGAGUUGUGACAAAGAAGAAAGGAUAAAGAACUCAGGCCAUCGAUAUCAUCGUUGGUCCAUAGUUGACAUGGUACACCAUUUAUGAAUGUGAGGUCUCAUCCAAGUUUUUUUGUCCAAAAAGCAUAUUUGAUAUAUGUUCAUAUUUUAUAUAAACUAAUAAAGUAGGGACGUUGAAUGUUAGAGGUUAGGCUACAGAACAAAUAAAAACCGACCCACAAAUCAAUCAAAUUCGAAAUGAUGAUGACACUAAUUCAUACAACUUUUCUAAUGUCAUCUUUGCCAUGGACUUCUUUUUUACAAGUUGUGAAAUAUAUUAUUCCUUAUAUAUAUUGAAAGGUGAAUCAUAUUCAUUUCAUCAAACUACUGAGCACAGUGGAAGUUAAAGAUGACUUUAGAUCAUUUCCAUUGACAAAAACAACAGAAGAAGCUAAUAGCAUGUUUACCGGAAGGUUUUUAGGUUGGGGCUCUCAGCGGAAUAUAAGAAAUUAUCUCUUGACUUUUAACUAAAACAAAUUAAGAACCGGUUCUUAGGGCAACAUUAUCGGUGGUGGGGGGGAGGGUUCUUACGCGUGGGCCCCACCACCUUUUUCCAAAAACUGUGUCAAAAUGUCUUUAAUUAACAAACGUUUUCACUGCGUUUGUUACACUGUUUGCCGGCCCCCAAUGACGUGUGGCGGUCCGCGACUGGUUCAUUUUUAAUUUUAAAUUUUUAUUUAUUUUUAAAUCAGAAAAAUAAAAAGAAAAAAAAAACUUAAGAAUCCCAAAAACGUUUUUGGGGAUAAUGAUGCCCUUAAAUAUCUUAUUUAAGAGCCAGUUCUUAAUUUUUUUAGUUAAAAGUUAAUAGACGAUAUCUUAUAUUUCGUUAAGGACUCCCAAUAAACAUGCUCUAAAAGAACGAGUUAUUCCAAAAAUGAAUAAUUUUACUUUGUGCCCCAUUAGAAAAUCUAACUAAUUUUCUUUUGAUACUAUUUACUAUAUUGAUUGGAGUGUGUAAUGUUUCACCAGACUUAUUGUAUUGUAUCGACUUUUGUGAAAGCUCAUUUCAGAAAGGAAGAGAGAAAAAAUAUUGUUCAUUGUGAGUAUAUCAUAUGGUGCAGGUGACUCACACAACACACGGCAUAGAAGGUUAACCUCUUUCAUGUCGAUAUCGCCACUAUGUUCAUUUCCACAGUUGAUAAUAGUUAAAAUAUUAAAAUGGUGAAAGUCGGUUCCAAACACAUCUAAUAAUUAAUUUAUAGAGUCAAGUAACUUUGUCAUCUGUAUGAUAUAUUUUUGCUUGAAAUGCUAACACAUCAGGAAGUCACCUGGAAGCAUACGUUAUUUGUCUGUAUUAUAUACAUAAAAAUUAGGUUAACUGAUGAAUUAAAAUACAAUAACGUGUAAGAUGAGGAGUUUUGUUUGAUAUUUAAAAUUCAAGUCGUGGAAAGUUCCAAGUGUGGAAUCAACUUCACGUGUUGAAGAAGGGGAAAUAAAGAAGAAACGGUCCCCAAAGUGGGCCCCAAAGUGGGCCCAGAAACGGCCCAAAUCUUAUUUUAAUGAAAUAAUAAUAUUAAUAUAGGAAAAGAAGACGUGGGCCCGGCGGUGCGAUUUAAAUGCCGAGUUUGGCUUUUCUGUCUUUUUUCUUGUGGACUCCACUUUUAAGAUUUGUUCCCUAAAUUAAAUAGCUUCUUUUUCUACCGACAGUGUCCUUUCACCAUUUGUCCUUCAGUUUUCAACUAGAUUCCUAUCAGUAGUACAAUUGCAGAAUUUACAAUUUAACUGAAAAAUAGAUAUAACACUACCUAAUUUUAGAUAAUAUCGUUUUUAUUUAUUACGUACUGUAUUACUUAACAAUAGUAAUAGUUAAUUCAAACAUCUUUUAAAUAUUUUUAUAGACCACAGUCUGGCAGAAAUUAUAUACUCUUGUAUAAUCAAUGAUACAGUGCUGUCCUAGCGGUAAAUUUCAUUCGAUCGCUUCCUGUUGAUAUAAAUGUUUCACCAUUUGAUUUUGUUUAACAACAUUUGUUUUUAUAUAUCAACAACUCUGCAUUCAAAAAGAUGUAAGAAGACAAAACUUAAUAAUCUCUACUUUAAAAGUUGGGGUUAUGAGAGAACGUGAACUAGCUACAUUUUCACAUGCUUCAGAAACGGUCCCUCGUUCUUCGAAGCCUCGCUCUACUUUUUUCCAUCCUAUACAUUACAUUUUAGGAGCGUAUUAACUUAGUAACGUUACAUUAAAAAUAAAGUUAAAUAUUUAUUCCCAGUCAAACUUCCUACGAGUUCAUAAUCCUUAUCAUGUUACUUAAAGAUGCCGUGGUUGAUUGCAUGAUAGCAUAUAAAUACAGCAUUGAAUGACUUAACCAAACAUAUUGACAUUGCAAUAAAGUAUUUUAUUUUAUUUUUUGCAAUACAAUACAGUACUCUCUCUGUUUUUAAAAGAUGCAUAUUCUAGAUUUUUCACAUAUAUUAAGAAAAUUCAUUAAAUAUGUAUUGUUUUUUGUAAUUAAAUAACAAUUUUCCAUAACUUUAAGCCAAUAGAAUUUCAAUAAACACUAUUAAUUUUUUUGAAACUUACAAUUUUUCAUAAAAUCAUACAUUGAAAAAGUAAAAAAUGUAUCUUUUUAAAACAAAUUUUUUUUCCAGAACAUACAUUUUUUAGGAACGGAGGGAGUAUUUUAUAACCAAGAAAAACUAUUUAAAUACGAAUGGGCUGUGGUGAUGGUGUUGGGUGGAAUGGAGGCAGUCAAAUACUUAUAUACUUCUAUAUAAAAUUAUAAUUUGCGUUUCCUUGAUAAGAAAGGGACAACACAUGCGUGUUCUUAACGCGUAUCGAUUAUCUAGUUCCUCCCCAAGCCAAUCUACCAGUUCAUGUGCUUUUCAAAACGUUUACCUAUGUUCAGAUAUAAACCUUAAUUAACCAUAUCUUAUUAAUAUUUCUGAUUUUCACCACCGUGCGAAUCUAAACAUCCAAAAGGUUAAAAUAUAUACGUCUUGCUUUCCUUACAUGGAGUAUUUCGAAUAUUUUGGUCCAAGAAGAAAGUAUGCUUUUAUUACGUACUUGAUGUAAUAUCACAUCUUUUAAAAUAAUUUGGUAAACUGAACCUGUUUUGGGAGGUAUUAACGCCGGAAGAAGAGGAACAGACAAAACCGCACGACGAGAUUGUGGUGGACUCUCUCUUACCUUUUACUAUUUUACUAUUUUCCAAUUUUACCUUUUAUUUUACUCUCCAGAGAAAUAGAGGACAAAAAAAACCGAGAUAGGUGUAAUUUCGAGAUAGGUGCAACGAUAUAUCAUCUGUGGAAACAGAGAAACAAUGUCCUCUUCAACAGCACCCACAUUCCACCGGAGUCUAUUAUUAAGUGCAUAGACGGGGACAUUCGCAACACCAUCCACGCAAGAAACAGGAGGAAAAGAUUCCUCAACUAUCUACCUCUUUGGAGCCACUGAUGUUUGCAUCACCACAAAUGUAACUUAAUUGUCUCUCUGUUUUUCUUUUUUUUGCCAGAGAAGCAAUUUUAGAUUAGUGUUUCUACUCUUGUAAAAACUCUUUUAUUUCAUUUAUGAUAUUAACAUCCUUAGCAAAAAAAAAUUUCGAAAACUACGUACAUUUGGAAUUGGACCCACUCUUUGUCA